AUGACACCCAGCAGAAGCAUUAUUGUCACCGGCGGUGCCUCCGGAAUUGGCCUAGGUAUAACCAAGCACUUUAUCACAGAGCCAAAUACGCACAUAACAAUUCUUGAUAUCAAUCCCACAACUGGCGCGCAGACGCUCGAGGACCUUCGCGCAGAAUUUACAUCUGCCAAUAUUUCAUUCGAGCAAUGUGAUGUCUCAUCCUGGGAAAGCCAAGCUGAGGUAUUCCAGAAGGUCUUUGCUCAACAAGGCCGGAUAGAUAUUGUAUUCGCCAAUGCCGGUAUAACAGAAAAGGGGACAUUGCUACCCGAGAAGCUCGGAGACGAAAAUCAGGGGCCUUCUAAACCAGACUUGUCGACAUUGAAUGUGAAUCUUGUUGGAGUUUUAUAUUCUAUCAAGCUCGCGACCCAUUACAUGUCUCGCAAUACCGACACCGCAACCAAAUCUAAAGGGCUGAUUGUUUGCACAGCCUCGAAUGCCGGUUUAUACCCAUUUGCAAUGGCGCCGAUGUACGCAGCAACAAAGGCAGGUGUUAUAGGGCUAGUCAGAUCCCUCGCAAAGCCUCUAGAAUCGGAGAAAAUCCAAAUUAAUGCACUGGCGCCGGCUGUUAUUGAAACGAACAUCGCACCAGACAGUGCCCUGUUCAAGUCCAUGAUUUUGACACCCAUGUCGACGGCAACGAAUGCCGUUGCUCAAUUUGUAGCAGAUACAUCGCUGACGGGUCGAGUGGCUGAGUUACAUGGGGAUCAUGUUACUUUUGCAGAGCCACCGGCGUAUGUGGAUGAGGAUACUGGGAAGAAUAUCGCGAUGUUUUCUAGCUUGGGAUAUGCAUGA